AUGGGCCCAAAGGAACCCCAAUUUACGCACUUCAAAAUUGCAAUUCAAUUUUCAAUUCCUACUUUAGAAUGUCGCACGCUUUUCCCUAAAUUUAAUUCGGUUACUCCUCAUCUUAGCAACGAAAAUGAGCCUAUGGCCAAAAGCGAAUUUCGUCUCAACCCCUCGCUAACCCAACCCUCAACACUUGCCCAAAGGAUUGAGAGAUCCAUUAGGGACCAAAAUUUGGCCGCACCCUCUUCACCCCAAAGCCCACCGCGGAAAAACAGGGACCUCAUUAAAAAUGUGCCGUUAAAAAUCGAGGAAAAGCUGGAAUCGCUUCAUCCGGCCUCAUAUUUCCUCACAGAAACGGCAUCUCCAUUCUUCAAAGCCUUCGGAGAGCCAGUCAUAGACAUUUACUAUGAAAUUGUGUCAGAGCUCGGCAAGGGCACGUUUGGAAAAGUCUAUCUGGUCAAACAUAGAAAUUCUGGAGAAUAUUCAAGCAUUGUUCAUCGCGAUUUGAAGCCCGAAAACCUGCUGAUGAAGGAUGCUGAUUGCAGGACGGUCAAGUUGAUUGAUUUUGGCUUUGGAAAUACAUGGAAUGAGCAUGGAUUUCUCAAUACCUUUUGCGGGUCUCCUUUCUACGCUGCCCCCGAAAUGACUCAAGGCAUUGAAUAUGUGGGGCCCGAGGUCGAUGUAUGGUCUUUGGGCGUCAUUCUUUAUAUGAUGAUUACUGGAGGAUUGCCCUUUCAAGGUGCCACCAUUACGGAUUUGUAUGCGUCCAUUGCCAAAGGAAGCUAUGGGACACCUUUUUACUUGUCAUCCGAUGCAAUUUCGCUGCUCUCUCGCAUGCUAGACAUUCACCCUCGGCGAAGAGCCACCCUGGAGGAAAUCAAAAACCAUCCUUGGACGAUUCUGGGCUACAAAUACGGCCCAGUCUCUGGUGUCCCCUACCGCCCAAACAUACUCGACGUUUUGGAUGAAGAAACUCUACAAGAGCUAAUUUCACUGGGCUAUUCAAAAUACGAAUACUACCAUGAAUUCAAAAACAAUCAAAGAUCGCCCAUCAAAAAUUUAUAUCAUCUCCACUAUGAAUGGCUCCAUCGAAAAAGAAUGGAAGGCAAAAAGACCUUUGAAAAUUUCCUGCUACACGACAAAAGUGAACAGGGCGCAGAGGAUAAAACGGAUUCGUCCUCUUGUGUAAUUUUUGAUCGCAUAGAGGAUGUAAAUAGCUCGCAGUCUCCGUGUAAGCCCAAACACACAUCGUUUUGGGCAAAGAUUCUUGGAAAGAACAAGAGUUACGCAAAAAAAUGUGUCUCUUGCAUCAAAUCUCCGUGCAAUUGCAAUCGUGUCGAAGAAACCCGCAAAGCAUUGAAACUCAAUAAUUCCAAAGUAGCCCCGCUAAAAUGA